AUGCUUGCAAAGAAAGACCACUCGAAAGCUCAGAAGAAAAGCACGUCCAUUGCAGGGCGUAUGAAAAGAUUUUUCCUUGGCGCAUUCAAAAGCAAAGCAAAGGUUUCUAAUGCCGCAGAGAGCCCUUUGCCCUGUGAAGAGACACUUCGCAAGGGAGGGCUGGUUGAGACAUCUUCUCUCUGCACAGGCACGCUCGCCAUGCAGGCCACGCAAGAGACAGACAUAGCCCAAAGCACAAAAAAGAAGCAGAAGAUCACAAAGAGUUCUCUAGAAAGUGCGGUAGACAGGCCUGUAUACCCAGGAACAUAUGGUCUGGAUGAGAGGUCUGCGCCUGCAGAGCAGCCUGCACACAUAGAGAGCUCAUCUGCACAGAGCACAGCUUUAGAGCGCGAGCUGCCUCUAGAGCCUUCUGCUGAUGCAAACUCUCCUGCUAAUGCUUCUAAUGCUGCAAACUCUCUACUAGUGGAAGAGCCGGACACACAGGCAGAGAAGGAGCACGCAGAGCUGCACGCGCUUGUGUUCUUUAUGCGAGAGAUCGAGAAGAUUGCACAGGACACAGAGGCAAUGGGCGAUGUUGCGUAUCUUCCUGUAAUCCUCUUCUUCACUCUCUCCCAAAAGGGUUUCUCCCUCACAGACGACCUUCUACUCUCCAGCGAGAAGUUCCACAGCAUAAGCCAGGGCCAUCCAGAGCACCGCGCUCUAAUGGACGAAACAGCUGCAAACUGCCUUGUGUCUGAGGCCCUGGCACCUCUUGAGACCAUGGCAGAGCGCCUGGCUCUCUGCAGGCCUGCUCUUCUGGCAUACGUCUCGCUGUGCAACAGUGUGCAUGCAAGCGUGUUUGUAGAGAACAAAAAGCACACAAUGUCAGAAACUGCAAUAGGCUUUGUUUGCGAGGUACUAAAGUACAUUAAGUACGUCAUCGCUGCAGAGCUGCUCCGGAUAGACCUCUCUUCUGAGGACACGCCUUCUAAGAGCCUAGCCCCAUACGCACACAGUGAAGCGUACUGCGACAGCGCCUUGGAGGACUCCAGCGAGCAGUCGGAGGAGGUCUGCCCAGAAAGACAGGCAGCGCCCAAAGAAGAGCCGCUCUCUCUUCCAGGACAGGACGAGUCCUCUUUUGAGUCGCGCAGCCUUUCUUCUGGAGACGAGCUGGCAGACAACGUGCUCUUCAAAAGACAGAAAGAGAAGUACCAGAGCCAGGCCACUCAAGUGGAGCAAGCAGGCGUGCACAGCAAGUAG